CCGAGUGUGCCAGACCAGUCCUCCGCCAUAUUGACUGUUGUCUUGACUGGAGGAGAGAGAGAACAUUUUGUGGUCCGACAAUAAACCUAAGUGUGCUCUUGGAAUUCACGAAACUGGUACAAACUUGGACAAAGCGCUUUUCGGACCCCAUCGCGAUGGCAAGGAAGAAAAGCAAACAGCAAGGCGUCGCUCAGAAGGAGCUUGUACCCGGGCAGCAGACCGCACCAAAGAAUGCAGUCUCUCCUGGCGAUGCAACUGGCGGCGGCGGAGAUGCUGGAGUGGAGAGGCUGACCAUCAGGGCGAACCAGCUGAUGCAUACCUGCUGCCUCCUGUGCCACCGGGAAUUCAAGGACUUGGAGGCAAACGUUGUGAACGGCCUCCCCGGGGCACAUGGCACCAAACUGGCUGACGCCGUGCCCGCACUCUCCCAGGCCUUAUUGCGGGAGGCGCCAGGGCGUAAGCUGGCUGAUUCGGUGCCUUCACUGUCCCAGUCCCUGCUGGGAGAGGUGCCUCUGUGGAUAUGUCAGGGCUGCUACAAGAGCGUGGAGGAGGAGGAGAGACGGAGUGCGCUGGAGCAGCCAACUGGGGUACCAUUGUCACACUCUUCCUCUUGUAAGUUCCAGGGCUGUGGGAAUGGUUACCCAGAGCAAAGUACUGUGGAUUGGGACCCGAGUUCCUUCCUGUCAGCCCACAAACUCUCUGGGCUGUGGAACUCAGCCCACUCCAACGGAGGGGAGCACUGCAGCCACAACGCCUCCUUACACCUACAGCAAGGUAUAACAACGGGAUCGACCUGUCAUGAGAAAAGAGGACUCCACGAAGCACCUGGAAAAUCUGCUAAAACAUCGGUAGCCAAAGUGUGCCCCUACAGUCACCCGCUGACCCAGAAUUCCAGUGGCUCCACCGCUGGGACUCCCCUCUCUACCUCAGCUGACCUGUGCAAGACCACCCCCAAGCAUUUCAAGAACGUGUGCCGUCGACCAACACCGCCAGGUGAAGCCUUCCACACCAGCGACCAUCAUCAACACACAGACUUGUCAGUACCCCCCAACAGUCCCACGGGCCUGUCUUCCCAGCAUUCCUCCCUCCUGCCCCCAAAGCCGAAUUCGGGACAACACAACCACAUAACCUCUUCAUCUGCCACCAGUGUCGCAGGCCACACACCUUUCUCCCCUCUGGUCCCAAACCUUCAUGGGUCCACAACUAAAAGGGCUUCUCCUAGUCCGGAUAGCCCGACAUUAGUUCACAAGCCCAGUCCGUGCAAAAAAUCCCACAUUCCUGCUGUGAACACACAACACGGAAAAUCGGGCACGUCACUGGCAGGCUGUAACCACCCAUGUAAUGGACACAGUACGGGAACGGUGGCUUCUACAAAUGUGGGAAGCUUGUCAACUGGGGCCUGCAGGGACCAGGCAUGUAAGGGGCACAAAAUGACAAACGGGACGAUGUGUGAGCCGUCACUAGAGUUAGAGGAAGUCGAGGAUGAAGACAGCAGCUCUGAAAGGAGUUCCUGCGCCUCCUCUUCCACUAACCAGAAGGAUGGGAAGUACUGCGACUGCUGUUACUGCGAAUUCUUUGGACACAAUGCGCCUCCAGCUGCUCCCACCAGUCGAAAUUACGCUGAGAUCCGAGAGAAGCUCCGGUCGCGACUCACCCGACGCAAGGAGGAGCUGCCACAGCGCCAGGACUCUGAACUGACAGUGUCUGGUGCCAUAGACAACAGGGAUGUGGAUGAAUUGCUGGACUUCAUUAACAGUUCUGAGCCCAAACCUGUAAACAGUGCCAAAGCGGCCAAAAGGGCUCGGCACAAACAAAAGAAGAAGGAAAAAGCGUUGCAGGGCAACGUGGGCGCUGCAGGCAUUGAACCCGUUUCUAAUCCAUCAGAGUGUAUGGACGAGCCCAUGCCUGACACCGCCGAGACGUCACGCUUAUUGGAUUGGCCCCAGCUGGAACUCGAGCGGGUCAACAGUUUUCUCACCAGUCGGCUGGAAGAGAUCAAAAACACCAUCAAAGACUCAAUUCGAGCGUCGUUUAGCAUGUAUGAUCUUAAUCUGGACGUCAAUGACUUCCCGAAAAAGGCGGCCACUCUGGAGGGCAACCAUUUAUUGUCCCAUCUGAACGGCUCCUCUGACAUGCAGCAGAUAGACCUCGACCUAGCCCCUCUUUCACUGGGAACCUUUAAGAACCAUCUGGACCUGGUCAACGGAUGGGAGGACACAAAUAAGUCCUCGAAUACUGCCUCCACAGCCACUGGGAUCACGGCCGGGUCCAAGGAUAUCCAGCGCUUGAACACUACGCCAAGUCUCUCCAAGCUCAUUCGAGUCCGCUCCCCGGAAAAAAGCACUUCUGACAAUUUGCCACAGGUACCGUCCGAAGUUACAGUGAAAACAAAAGAGGACAUCUCAGAUCCAAAGAACAGCACAGUUGGGAAUGGCGGUACAAAGUCAAAGAAGAGUAAAAAGCAGCAGCAACAGCAAAAACAGGAGCAGUCGUGUUUCGAGCACAAUCCCAAGGUCACGGAUUCAAGAGUGGCCGAAAUCAUUUGUAAUGGCUCCAAAGCUACGCUCAAACAGCUUCAGCAAGGAGCAGACGGCCAGAAAAACGGCAUGAAGAAAGCCGAAGACAGCAGAUCAUCCAGAAAUGCAGCGGCCAACGGAGCAAACGUUGCCCCCCCGAAUGCACACAAGGUUAAAGGUGACAGCGACGUACGGGCGGGGCGAGAGCGUGAACAGGAUACUGAAAGCAAGACUCUUCAUGCCCUUCCGGCAAAUGGGCAGCAUCAGGCACAAUCCAAGGGGAAAAAUAAGAAGAACAAGAGCAAGGGCGAAAAAUCUGCGAGUGCUAUUGAUGAUGUCUUUCUUCCGAAAGAUGUGGAUCCUACGUCAAUGGAUGAAAUCGAUCGGGAAGUAGAAUACUUUAAAAGGUUCUGUCUUGACUCGGCAAAACAAACCCGCCAGAAGGUAGCGGUGAACUGGUCCAACUUCAGCCUCAAAAAAGUUCCCUCCAAUGCAGCUCAAUAACUGAUGAGAGCCAGGAGAUAAAACGUCACACUACAAACUCUUUCCAUAGAGCUGUGUUUGGCCUGAGGCCUUCUCUCAUUCCCUCUUUUCUUCUUGAUGAGUAGAAGGACCUUAUUCACAGCUCGUUCACAGGACUGACGUUCAACCGCUGGCUAGUCAGCCAGGGAUCAAUACAAGGCCAGCUCGACCCUUUGUUGCUGUUACGGCAGUGUUCACCAAGUGACAAGUCCAAAAUGGGAAAACUAGUGUAUUUGUCCACUGCAUUCAUGUGCUGACGUAUGUAGUAUGUAAACAUUUACCUUACACGAAAUAAAUGUUUUUAUCAGAAAUCU